CGGGGAGCAGAGGCGGCGCGGCGGCGUCCGAGCUGCGCCACACGGGGCCGGCGCCGGGUGCUGGGCGCGGAGCGGGGUCGUGGCGGCGGUGCGGGGCGGGAGGCGGCGGAGGGGGCGCCAUGGCGGGGCAGCAGUUCCAGUACGAUGACAGCGGGAACACCUUCUUCUACUUCCUCACCUCCUUCGUGGGGCUCAUCGUGAUCCCGGCCACAUACUACCUCUGGCCCCGGGACCAGAAUGCCGAGCAAAUUCGACUAAAGAAUAUCAGAAAAGUAUAUGGAAGAUGUAUGUGGUAUCGCUUACGGUUAUUAAAACCCCAGCCAAAUAUUAUUCCUACUGUAAAGAAAAUAGUUCUGCUUGCAGGGUGGGCAUUGUUCUUAUUCCUUGCAUACAAAGUUUCCAAAACAGACCGAGAAUACCAAGAAUACAAUCCUUAUGAAGUGUUAAAUUUGGAUCCCGGGGCAACAGUAGCAGAAAUCAAGAAACAGUAUCGUUUGCUGUCACUUAAAUACCAUCCGGAUAAAGGAGGCGACGAGGUUCUGUUCAUGAGGAUAGCAAAGGCCUACGCGGCCUUAACUGAUGAAGAGUCCCGGAAAAACUGGGAAGAGUUUGGGAAUCCAGAUGGACCUCAAGCCACGAGCUUUGGAAUUGCCUUGCCAGCUUGGAUAGUUGACCAGAAAAAUUCAAUUUUGGUUCUCCUUGUAUAUGGAUUGGCAUUCAUGGUUAUCCUUCCCGUUGUUGUGGGCUCAUGGUGGUACCGCUCAAUACGCUAUAGUGGAGACCAGAUUCUAAUACGCACAACGCAAAUUUAUACGUAUUUUGUUUAUAAAACCCGAAAUAUGGAUAUGAAACGUCUUAUCAUGGUGUUGGCUGGAGCCUCUGAAUUUGAUCCUCAGUAUAAUAAAGAUGCUACAAGCAGACCAACAGAUAAUAUUCUAAUACCUCAGCUAAUCAGAGAGAUUGGAAGCAUUAACUUAAAGAAGAAUGAGCCUCCACUCACCUGCCCGUAUAGCCUGAAGGCCAGAGUUCUUUUACUGUGUCAUCUUGCAAGAAUGAAAAUCCCCGAGACCCUUGAAGAAGAUCAGCAAUUUAUGCUGAAAAAAUGUCCUGCCCUUCUUCAAGAAAUGGUGAAUGUAAUCUGCCAACUGAUAAUAAUGGCCCGGAGCCGUGAAGAAAGGGAGUUUCGUGCUCCAACUUUGGCGUCCCUCGAGAACUGCAUGAAGCUUUCCCAGAUGGCCGUGCAGGGCCUCCAGCAGUUCAGGUCCCCCCUGCUGCAGCUCCCCCACAUCGAGGAGGACAACCUCAGAAGGGUCUCCAAUCAUAAAAAGUACAAAAUUAAAACUAUCCAGGCCUUGGUGAGUUUAAAAGAAUCAGAUCGUCACAAUCUACUGCACUUCCUUGAAGAUGAGAAAUAUGAAGAGGUGAUGGCCGUCCUUGGGAGUUUCCCGUACGUCACGAUGGACAUCAAGUCCCAGGUUCUGGAUGACGAAGACAGCAAUGACAUCACGGUGGGGUCCCUAGUGACGGUGUUGGUGAGGCUGACGAGGCAGACGAUGGCAGAAGUAUUUGAAAAGGAGCAGUCCAUCUGUGCUGCAGAGGAGCAGCCGGCAGAAGACGUGGGCGACGCCAGCAAGAGCAGGACAAGAGGAGGAUGGCAGCAGAAGAGUAAAGGACCCAAGAAAACAGCUAAAUCAAAAAAAAAGAAGCCUUUAAAAAAAAAGCCUACACCUGUGCCCUUACCACAGUCAAAGCCACAGAAACAGAAGCAGGCAAAUGGAGUCGUUGGGAGUGAAGCGGCCGUCAAGGACGACGAGGAGGAGGUCUCGGUCAAGGGCAGUGAGUCUGAGGACGAAGAGACCAACCGGGAGUCCCAGAGCGAGAGGGACGACGGCAGCGAGCGGGACUCCGAGAGGGAGCAGGACGGGAAGCAGAGCAGGGACGACGAAGCCGAGUGGCAGGAACUGCAGCAGAGUAUACAGCGCAAGGAGCGGGCGCUGCUGGAGACCAAGUCCAAGAUAACGCACCCCGUCUACAGCCUCUGCUUCCCCGAGGAAAAACAGGAAUGGUGGUGGCUAUAUAUUGCAGAUAGGAAGGAACAGACAUUAAUAUCUAUGCCAUACCAUGUGUGUACACUAAAAGACACCGAAGAGGUAGAGCUGAAGUUUCCUGCACCAGGCAAGCCUGGAAAUUAUCAGUAUACAGUGUUUCUGAGAUCAGACUCUUAUAUGGGUUUGGAUCAGAUUAAGCCAUUGAAGUUGGAAGUUCAUGAGGCUAAACCUGUGCCAGAAAAUCACCCGCAGUGGGAUACAGCGAUAGAGGGGGACGAGGACCAGGAGGACAGCGAGGGCUUCGAAGACAGCUUCGAGGAGGAGGAGGAGGAGGAGGAAGAUGACGACUGAGCAGUCCAGGAAGGGGCCACAGGGUUUGCAGAUAUACUUGCAAAUUUGUGUUCUUUUGGAAAUGUCUAAUAAACCAGAAAGAGUGCUGAACUGAUGUUGAGGGAAGUGUUAGUUCCUGAAAUGGGUGCAUAACCAGACAGUGGCGGUGCCCCGGUACACUCGGAAUGUGCUGAAGGCUUGUUAGGGCCUCUCAAGUUUGGGAUGGUGCAUUUAUUUCAUCUGCAAAUUAUAAUAAACCCUUUGUUAUAACUGUCCAGAAGUGUGGGCGAUACAUUAUCUGGUCACUUCAUGGUCCCCGUAAAAGUAAAGGUACCUGAAAAACGAUCUAUCAUCUGCAAGUUUUCUUUGUUUAGGGUUUGUUUUAGCAAACAUUGAAAUGUGAUAAACACCACCAAUACGUUUUAAGUAACAUCUGUUCAAGUUUUAAUCUCUUGAUAAGAUCUGUCAUUCAUUUAUUGACAUUCUGCAAUGAUUUGAGACUAUAACAGCUCCAUUCAUAGCUUUAACCCUUUUGUUUUUAGCUGUCUUGGUCAUAAGUCAGCUUUCUCUCACAUUCCAUAUACUACAGAGGGCUACAUUUGGGGGUUUAAGAAAUAAUUGCCCAGACUUAUCAGACAGAUUAUAAAAAUGGCUUUUAAUGGCUUAAAACAUUUUUAAGCCUCUAUUUUAGCAGAUCAAUGCAGGAUCUAAUUCUUUUUAUAAGCUGUAGGUCUAAAAAUGAUUGUGGGACCAUAUGUUCUCUGAUGUUGGUGACUUAUGUUAUUAAACCUUUUUUAAAAGGUUCACUAUAAAAGCUGAAAUACAUUCUUAGCUUUUAAUCUACCUGACUAUCAAAAGCCUUUUAAGGAAAAAAUAUAUAACAUGCAAGGAGGCAUUUUUUUGUAUUCAUUUUGGACUCCUGUCAAUAAAAUAGAAGUUUGGCUCA